UUUAUUUCUAUCGAACGCCCCUUAUUUAAGGUGGACCGACCGCUGAACGAUGCCCAAGGAGAGUGUGAGAAGAAGUUAAAGAAGUGUAUUUUCUUCUUCUAUCACCUUCCAUACCAAUAAAAGCCUUCACUCAAAGAAGCCAAACACUUUGGAUUCUCUCAUUUUUCUUUUUUGAGUAUUGAAAGAAGUAUGGCAAACAAUGGCGGAGAAGCAACAAGCGGGAAGAGCGCUGGAUUCUCUCGCGUCGCCCUUAAUGAAAGAAUCCUUUCUUCGAUGACUCGAAGAUCGAUUGCUGCUCAUCCUUGGCAUGAUUUGGAGAUUGGACCUGGUGCUCCAGCAGUUUUUAACUGUGUGGUUGAAAUUGGAAAAGGUAGCAAGGUCAAGUACGAGCUCGACAAAACCAGUGGUCUUAUAAAAGUUGAUCGUGUUCUGUACUCAUCGGUUGUUUACCCACACAACUAUGGUUUCAUCCCAAGGACUAUUUGUGAGGACAGUGAUCCUAUGGAUGUCCUGAUACUGAUGCAGGAGCCUGUUUUGCCUGGUUCUUUUCUUCGUGCCCGUGCUAUUGGGUUAAUGCCUAUGAUUGAUCAGGGCGAGAAGGAUGACAAGAUUAUUGCUGUAUGUGCUGAUGAUCCCGAGUUCCGUCAUUACACAGACAUCAAACAGCUUCCUCCUCAUCGUCUGGCUGAAAUCCGCCGCUUCUUUGAGGAUUACAAAAAGAAUGAGAACAAGAAGGUUGAUGUAGAAGACUUUUUGCCAGCUGAGACUGCUAUUGAAGCCAUCAAGUAUUCCAUGGAUCUAUACGCAUCUUACAUUGUUGAAAGCUUGAGGAAGUGAUCAUCUUUGCGACUAUUUGGUAAAAAUUACAGUAAAAUUUGGGUAUUAUAUUAGUGUGCCCAGACUUAAUGUUGCAUACCUCUCGUGGUUAAAUAUUAUCAAAUGCUCAAGCUGUGAUAUUGAUUUAUGUUGCACUUCUUAUACGUCUUCCUUAAUAGCAUGUAAUGCAUUGUCCAUGAGACUGACUAAUGGAAAGGCUUCCUAUUUGGGUUUUCCA